GAAAGAGAGCCGAGGUAGCUAGCAGUGCAGGGGUUCUUGAAACGAUCAGGGGGGCAGAUGAGGUUGAAGUGAAGAGGUCGAGAAUGAUUGGAUAGUAGAGAAGGUAGAACGGUAUAGGCGGAGCUGCGAAGUAGGUACGGUCCAGGUGGUUACUGAGCUGAUAAGGUGCUGAAGUCGGUCUGCAAAAGUAAGAGCAGGUGGAAAAGGAGGUUAGAUGAGAUGCAGAGUGAUACUACAAACAUCCAAAUCGAAAAGAAAAUUCGAAGAAAAGUCUAACGAAACUUCGACUCGGGUUCGAGAGGCAAACGGGAUUGAGGUCGAAGCACGAGAAGGUCAAACACCGAGCUUCGGCGGAUACGAAUCGAGCCGAGAUGUCAAAGAUGAAGUGCCGAUGAGGGAUCGAAAGAAGGGAUUGGAGCGGAAGAGAGUCGGCCGGGUGUGCGAAGGAAAGCGUAGACCGAUAAAAGUGUAAGUAGUGGGGAACAAGGAAGAGGGUCGAGAGAGUGAUUUGUGAUCCAGAAGAAUGGUAGUAUAGUAGUAUAAUCAAAUGUGAAAUGAUAAUCAAAACGAAAACAAUAAUAAUCGAAAAAUAGAGAAUUGUUGAGUUGAGGUGAUAUUAAUCAAAAAAGAGUAAUAAAGAUUUGGUUUAUAGAGUGUAUAUCUUCUCUUCUGAAAAAGUGUGUGAGUAUGAGUGAGGUGAAGUUAAGGAACAACAGUUUAACGAAAUUCACCAACAAGGCUACAACCACCUAGAACAAUAACAAUUUGAGUGCAUAAAAAAUUGAAGGGAAGUUGAG